CCAUUUUUAAGGCUGACCCUGAAACCUUAAUAAAUGCAGUUUGUCUUCAACAUUCUCUACCCCUAACCCCUUCUCCUUCCCUCCUUUCCUUUCUUUCAAAAUCCUUACUUAUUAAGUCUCACCAUUAUUGUGAAUCCUUCACCUCAUCUCAUCUCAUCUCGCCUUACUUCCCUUUCUUUCCUUCUCUUUCCCUUUUUCCUCUGUUUUUCAUUGUGUUCUUUUGGUCAUGGCUAAGCAGAUGGAUGAUGCUGAGUUUUGGCUUCCACCCAAGUUUUUAAUGGAUGAUGACUUUGUUUUGGAGAAAGAGAAGCUUCAGAGAAGCAAUAUUGGCGAAAACAACCCUAAGUCGUUGGUUUCGGUUCAUGGUUUCCCAACUGAGUUCCCCUACGAGUUCGACUAUUCCUCUGCUCUCGGCUCUCCUGUUGAGUCCGUUGUUGGGUCUAUCGAAACUGAAAGCAGUGACGAGGAUGAGUUUCUUGCUGGGCUGACUCGUCGACUUCCUCUCUCAAUUACUCAUAAACUCACCGUUCCUAGCUUUUCUUGGGACAAAAAUGAGAAAACUGGAGCUUUGGCGAGUUCACCCCAGUCAACUCUGAGUGGGUUCGUAAGCUGGUCAGCUUCAAGCAAUGGCAGCCCAAAUGGUCCUUCCCAAGUCCCUUCUCCACCAAAAACUCCUUUCGGUGCCCAAAAUGACACUUGGGAUCUCAUAUAUGCAGCAGCUGGCCAAGUUGCAAGGCGUAAAAUGAGCAAUGAAGCCUCCAAAUUCAUCAACUUCAACCAUGGAAGACUCCUUCCCAAGACACACAAUCAUUCCUUCAUGAACAACUCGCCCUCUGGGUUGUAUCCAAGUCAGAGUCUUUCUUAUAAUCUUGCUCCUACAAAUCAGACUCAUAGAAGGCAAAUGAAAGCAAGCAACUGGAAAGAAUCGCUUCAACAACAACAGCAACUGCAGCAAACCCAGUGUAGAGCAAAGAAUAAUGCUGUUGGGGGAAGGUCCUCUGGUACUUGCACCAGAGCUAUGUUUCUUGGUGGAUCUCAAAGUGUUAAAAGAGAGAGUGCUGGAACUGGUGUUUUCUUACCUCGUACAUAUCCAAACAACACUCCUGCGCCUCAGAAGAAAUCAGGUUGCUCAACAGUGCUAGUCCCAGCGAAGGUUGUUCAAGCUUUAAAUCUGAACUUUGCUGAUUCCAGCAGUCAUGUUCAGCCACAUCUCAAAGCUAGCUUUGCCCCAAACUAUGAUGCUUUGGUUGCCAGAAGAAAUAUACUGUUGAACCAAACAAGGAGAAAUUAUAGAGCAGAAGGAGGCCUAAAUCUUCCCCAGGAGUGGAGCUAUUGAAACCUGGAAAUUUUAGUUGAGAAUACUCUUAAUAGUAUUUGUUUUGUUGGGAAAUUUGCAGUAUAGUAUUAGGUUAGUAGUUGAUGUUGUAGGUAUAUUGUAUUUUGGUUAAUAUAAGGAAAUCAAGAAUGUGAUAAUGUAGUUUAGGAACCAAUAAAA